AUGGACCGAGUUCAGUCUCGGAACGAAAACUAUAUGAAUGAAGAAGAAUAUACCCUGAACCUAGAAAAUGAUGAAGACGAUGAAUGUAUCCUGAACCUAGAAGAGGAUGAAGAUACUCUGCACCAAGAAAAAGAAGACGUGAUGAUUCAAGAGUGUAAUGAAGUACAAUCAGAUAGUUCAUCAGAUGUUCCUCAUACUAGUGAAGUAGACACUCUUACUUUAAAGAGAUUUCAACAGCCUUAUGUGGACAGGCACCAAUCGAUAGAAAGAGAAACUGAAAUAAGUUACAGUAAAGGACUUGUACCUGAAGAAGUUGGCUACUCCGCCGUAGCCGAAAACAUUCUCAAUGAAGAAAACCUUGGAUUGCUGAUCAAGGAUCCAAACAAUCCAGGAAAGUUCGACUCUGUCUUUGUGGACAAGAUUAGAGAAAGACAAGCGAUCAUUCUAGCCGAGUCGUCUAAGAAAACUGCAAUGACCUUGCUGAACUCAGUUCUCGGUUGUGUCUUCAAAGAUGAAGAACUUGCAAGCUCAUCUGGGCUGGGACUAAGGAAAAGUGGAGAUGACAAAAAGCCACCACUAAAUAAAUAA